CCCUUGCAUCUGGGUUUUCUGCCUUUUGUGUCUGUAUGCUUCUUUUUCAUGCGUGUGUCUCUCCAGCUGUGUGCACUGUAUCUACAGGUAUGUUGUCGUAGAGGGGUCUUAGUUUGGGCACCUGGAUGACACGUGAUGGAUAACAGGCUUUGUAAGGGACAGAGGGAUAUGUUAGAAUACUAGACACCUAAGGAGGUAGGGUUUUGUUUUUUUUAAGAAGUUAUCCUUGCAAAAGAGAAAGGAAGGUUUAAAUGGAAAGAAUGCUCAGGAUCUUUUGUAUUUUGAGCACUUCCUUACUUUCUGAUAUUACAAGAUGCUCCAGGUUUAGUUUGUAUUCUCCCCCUCCUGCUCUCUUUUGCCUGGUUUCCUUUAUUGGAGAAUGGUAUUUAGAAAUCAAGAUCUGGGCACUGGGUAUGCUUGUUGCUAUUGGGGUUUCAUUGCUUCUAGGCCCUCUCGACAGAGCUAUGCACAUAUGCAUACAUACUAACCUGUGUAUAUGGACAUAUCUAUGAUUGUUCUGUAUUUAUCCAUUUGUACAUAUGUUAAGGUAAACAUGAUAAAGACCGUUCAUAUUUGCUUAUGUUCUUUUUUUAGUCCAUAUAUAAUAACUUGCUUUUCUUCUCUUUUCAGGUACCAGGUAUUUCUCUAUUUCACAGUUGCCUUCCAGAAUAUCUCUUGUGGUGUCCACUACUUGGCUUCUGUGUUUAUGACCGUGCUCCCCAGGUAUGCCUGCAGGCCCCCAGGCAAUGUGAGCCGGGUUCUUUUCCACAAUGUUUCUGAUUGGAGGUUGGAUAACAUCUGGAAGCUGUCUUCCUCAGGCCAUGAAGAGCAAGUUGUAGUGCAGCUACAGGACGGUGAGAUCUGGGAGCUCAAAAGGUGUAACAGGUUCCGGAGAGAUAACUUGUCGAAUUUGGACUAUAAUUAUAACGGCCAUAAAAGUCGUUUUCCUUGCUUGGAUGGCUACAUCUAUGACACAAGCAAAUGGGACAGCACCGUGGUGACUCAGUGGGAUCUGGUCUGUAACCGAGAAUGGUUUGCCAAGCUGAUCCAGCCUACAUUCAUGGUAGGAGUCCUGCUGGGAGCGCUGAUUUUUGGCUACCUUUCUGACAGGAUAGGAAGACGACUUGUCUUGUGGUCCACAAGCAUUGGCAUGUACUUCUUUGGCAUAGCAGCGGCAUUCACAUUGGAUUAUUACAGCUUCAUGCUUGCACGCUUUCUUCUUGCUAUUGUUUCAAGCGGCUAUCUCGUGGUGGUGUUCGUCUAUGUGACAGAAUUUAUCGGCAUGAAGGCUCGGACGUGGGCAUGCAUCCAAGUGCACUCCUUUUUUGCUAUUGGAACGAUGGUGGUGGCUUUGACGGGUUACUUGGUCAGGACCUGGUGGAUCUACCAGAUAAUCCUCUCAACAGUGACUGCCCCCUUUGUCUUGUUCUGUUGGAUGCUCCCGGAGACUCCUUUUUGGCUUCUUUCAGAGGGAAAAUAUGAAGAAGCACAAACAGUGGUUGAUCAGAUGGCCAAGUGGAAUAGGGCAGGCACCUUUAAGCUGUCAGAACUCUUAUCCCUGGAUCUAUACAGUCCUGCUGAUAAACAGUCUCUGUACGCUAAUAAGCACAGGCUAUUAUAUCUGUUUUAUGACUACAAUAUUGGAAAAAGGACACUUACUGUUUGGCUGAUUUGGUUCACGGGGUGUUUGGGAUACUAUUCCUUCUCCUUGAAUUCUGUUAAUCUAGGAGGCAAUGUAUAUUUAAACCUCUUUCUCAUAGGUGCAGUGGAUAUUCCUGCCUCCAUUGUGUUGUGCUUCGGGAUGGACAUUCUGGGGAGAAAGAAAGCUCUGAUCACCGCCCUUUUCUCAAGUGCAGUUUUCUGUGGUUUGAUUAUGGUGAUUCCCUUGAAGUACUAUUUUUGGACUAUGGUGACAACUAUGGCUGGAAAAUUUGCCAUAGGAGCAGCGUUUGGCCUCAUUUACCUUUACACAGCAGAACUAUAUCCAACCGUGAUAAGGACACAGGCCGUGGGAAGUGGCAGCAUGGUGUCCCGUGCGGGAAGCAUCAUGGCCCCGUUCUCCAUUAACCUCUCCAGCAUUUGGAUCUUUAUACCCCAGUUGCUUAUUGGGUGUUUGGCCUUUGUGAGUGGAAUUCUAACAUUCCAACUUCCAGAAACCCUCCGGAAGCCUCUGAUAAGUACUUGGGAGGAGGCUACCACACCGGAUGCAGAAAAAGAGAGCAGUUCAGGCAAAUUGUCUCCCACAACCAGUAACACCGAUGCUGGACAAACCAGAAGUGAUUAAUUCAGGGGGUUCUGGUUUGGCAAAUGACUGUGCUAUGUGUGCUGUCUAGCACCUGAAAAAUUGUUUACUUUACUGCCUUUGUAUUAGAGGAAUACUAUUCUCAUUUCCUGCAUGUCAUUUUUGUCUUU